CACUACCGUUCUGAUCUGAUUGCAUGUUGCACCAAAUUAAAUGACUGCACAAAGGGCAGGGGAAUUGGGUACCUAGAACUGAAAAUGCUUUAAUUACAAAGUAAGGACGAUAGCUCCAUAAUAUAUGUAGGACAAUGAUCAGCCUGGGAUCCAUUUUAUCUUUUUGUGUAAACAUGUCCACUGGGACACCGCUGGUUCUGUGUGGAACAACUCUGCGAGUGCUUAGUAACUGCUUUCUAAAGACAAGAGUGCUGUGGUUUUCUUCCAGAAAGAAGGUCCUGAGUUGUUGCUUUUGGGAUCAAGCUGGUUUUUUUCUUGCGUGCAUGAGGGGAGCCGCUUCAGGAGCCCGGCUUCUUGUAUUUUCGCUCUUGCACAACUUAAAAUUGACUAAGAGAGUUUUGAACAGGAUGAGCUGGUCGGCCAACCAGGACCUUUUAGUCUGUUUGAGCAGAGGAGUUAUCAGGACCACGUUUGAAAUGGAAGCAAUCCAAACAGCCAGGGCUAGAGGACAAGUUGCCUGGGACAUGGUGUGAGCACUGCAGGUUAUACAUUAACCUCUGGAUUUAACAUUCCUAGUGGAAUUGUGAAUUCUCUAUUCUAGAUAUUUCAGGGAGCAGGGUUCCACUUGGCCAUAUUCUAAGGCCAUUUAAAGCCACCUCUGCCUCCCAGUCAUCAUUUACAGCAUGGACAAGGAAAGACUUCAAGAUGAGCUGCGCAUUUUUAGAGACAGGAACUUCCUCCGGCAGAAGCUGAGAUCCUCCCGCACAGUCUACGUGCUGCUGGCGCUUUCUUACCUGCUGAUUGUCAUCCUGUUUGUGGUGUCGCUCUCCAGAGUUUCAAUGCUCUCUUCCCAACUUAAUGAAAUGCGCAAGGAGCUGAAACGGAAUAAUUCCAGCAACGAUUUCAAACUGUUCCCGUGCGGACCUGAGGCCCGGGAAUGGGAAUACUUCAGCGGGAAAUGUUACUACUUCUCCUUGCAUGCCACAUCUUGGCAGAGGGCGAAGGAGCUGUGCGAAGAGGAGCAUUCGUUCCUGGCCAUCAUUAACAGCCAUGCCAAGCAGAAUUUUAUCAUGUACAGGACACGCAACCAGCGCUUCUGGAUCGGCCUCUCAGACCGGAAUGCAGAAGGGGAGUGGAAAUGGAUCGACGGGAGCGACUCCACAACCGGUUUCACGUACUGGAAGGAGGGGGAGCCCAACAACAGUGACCAGAACGAGGACUGUGCACACGUCUGGACCUAUGGGGAGUGGAACGACGUGUAUUGCACGUACGAGUGCUACUACAUCUGUGAAAAGCCUGCGCCUCCGUGAGCAGAGACCGGACCAAAGCCACCUCCCAGCCACACUGCCUGAACCUGCAGGUCAGUGCAGAGAGCCAGCGCUGCCUCCUGGUGGUGACAGAGAUGCAAGCCAAGGUCCAGCACUUUGACACUGUAAACAUCAUACUAAUCUUUUUACUUUCCCCCGCUCUUCUGUUCUUAAUUUAUAUUCCUUUUAUCUUUGUGUCCACUUCCUGUCAGCUCCUCCAUGGGUCUCUCUCAGCCGUUGGGUCAGUAUCCUUGGGAGGACCCAGAAGGCACUUCUGAUGCUAAAAGUCCGCACCUUUCCAGCUUGAGCCUAGGGCUGAUCAAAAAUGUUUUCAAACGAAGAUGUUGUUGAAAAGUUGCCUUCUUGAAACCAAAUUUUAAAAAUGAGUUUUCAAAAUGUUCUGGGGUUUUUAUUCCCCUUUUCCAUGCCAAUAAACGAAAAAAAGAGGGGAAACGGGUGAAAAUGGGAAAAAUUCAAAACCAAACAUUUUGGGUCAAAAAUUAUUUUUUUGGGAAAAAAAUGAAAGGAGGUUAUGAAGUUUUCAAAACUAACCAAAUUUUCAAAAUCCAUCCCACCCCCAAAUUGCAUCUGUUUUCAGUUUUCAAUCAAUUGGCUGUAACAGACUCGCGUCCUCCGUGGGUUGGGCAUCUCGGUAACAUCCAGAGACUUGUGGGUCACGCGUGGGUGCACUUGGAAAGUUACAGGGAACCAAUGUGCAGUGUCUGCUGAGAACCACAAGAGGCCGCAGUGGCAGCUGAGUCCUCCCUGUUUUUAGCAGGUGGAAUAGUGAGAGCACAGGGCAAAGUUUGAUGCAAUCACGGGGGAAGUAGCCAGUUUAGGAUCAAUAAAAGCAGACACAGAUUUAUCCAAUGUGUGAUUCCCUGCCCUCAGGGAGUCAGACACAGUCACUAGGUAUGGGGUGUGCCAGUUAAUAGCAUUUAUAGCCAUCUCUGCAAGCUCUGAUCAUAGGGUUAGAGGAAUCAUAGUGGGGAUUAGGGAGAAAUUCUUUCCCACUGUAGAGCUAGUUAUACUGGCAGAGGGGAGGGUUGGCUUUUCCUCUGACGCAAUGAGCAAUGGCCACUACCAGAAUAGAUGGACCCGUGGUAUGAGAGGGGAUGAUCCCAGACUAGCUGGGGCAGUGGCCCUCUCGGAUAUGAAUCCUCUAAUGCUCCUCUAUAAAUUCAGAGUUAAUGGCCACAUCUGCAGCUCUGUUAGCUUCUGUGGAUUUGUUAACUCCAUAGGUGCUGGAACUAGGGGUGCUCCCACACCCCCUGGCUUGCCGCGGUUUCCAUUAUAUGCAGGGUUUGCAGUUUGGCUCAAUGGCUCUAAGCACCCCACUAUACACAUUGUUCCAGCCUCCCUGCACAACUCUGAGGUCUCUUCCCCCACCCUCCAAACCCUGGUGCUGUUUCCCCCAGGAAUUCUCUCUCUGUGGCAUGUGACUCUCCUACUCCCUGCACAGGGAAAGCUCUGGGUCAGAUCAUUCUGGCUGCCGGGAAAGUCUCCAGCGAGGGAUGGGGACAGAUACAAAUCUCUCCAUCAGACAUGGUUUGGUUCAGCUGCGGCGGGUCUGGAAAUUAUUUCCCUGUGAACAACUUCAUUUCUGUCAACAGCCAUCUUUGAAAAAUGUUGGCGGUGUUAUUGAAAACUCCUCCAAAAAUCAGCCAACAAAAAACCGACACUUUCCAUGGAUAACCAAACGAUUUCACCUGCACACCCCUCCCCCCCCAAAUAUUGGAAAAUAGAUCUUGGAAAUAGAUCUUGGAAGAUAAUGUCCAUUUUGUCAAAAAAACAACAAAAUUUUCCUGGCCAAAAUAAAACUCUUGAUGGAAAAUUUACAACCAGCUGUAGUUGAAACCUGUAGGCACCAGAUGGUGCCCUUCCGCCCACCGCAGAGCGCUGGAAGUGGAAAGUUGCACUCAGCAUAAAGCCAGCUUCCUUUGCUGUCUCCUGCGCUUUCUGUCCUUUCCUCAUUGUACAGUAAAAAAAAGAAAUUGAAUAGGCUGCAGAUUGCAGGCCGAACGGUAAAACUAUUUGGCUGGGGGGCUGCUGCUGCCCUGGCACCCUGAGCACUGUCACGAUAAUAAAUAAUUAAG